AUGGAGGGAAAUGAUAUAUACAGAGCAAGUAAUAGUUUAAGAGCAAGAAGUUCAACAGUUUGGAGAAACAGUGGCGUUGAGGUAUUCUCACGGUCAUCGCGUGAAGAGAACGACGAAGAAGCUCUGAAAUGGGCUGCACUUGAAAAGCUUCCCACUUACAACCGUCUCAGGAAAGGGUUGUUGACCGCUUCACAUGGAGCCGCCAAUGAAAUCGAUGUCACUGAUAUUGGUUUUCAAGAGAGACAGAAACUGCUUGAGAGGUUGGUCAAAGUAGCUGAAGAGGACAAUGAGAAGUUCUUGCUGAAGCUCAAAGAACGAGUUGAUAGAGUUGGGCUUGAUAUUCCAACAAUUGAAGUUCGAUAUGAGCACCUCAAUAUUGAGGCUGAGGCUUUUGUCGGAAGCAGAUCUUUGCCCACUUUCAUCAACUCUGCUACUAACGUUAUUGAGAGUUUGCUGAAUCUGCUCCAUAUCAUCCCGAGCAAAAAGAAACAUGUCACUAUUCUUAAAGAUGUCAGCGGCAUCGUCAAACCUCGCAGGAUGACACUGCUCUUGGGUCCUCCAGGUUCAGGAAAGACCACACUCCUUUUGGCUUUGUCAGGAAAACUUGAUUCAAGUCUUCAGGUAUCUGGGAGAAUGACUUAUAAUGGGCAUGAAAUGAACGAGUUUGUACCUCAGAGAACUGCUGCUUACAUCAGCCAGCAUGAUGUUCAUAUUGGAGAAAUGACUGUGAGGGAAACCUUGGCUUUCUCAGCAAGGUGCCAAGGAGUCGGAUCACGUUAUGACAUGUUAUCUGAGUUGUCAAGAAGAGAGAAAGCAGCUAAUAUCAAGCCUGAUGCUGAUAUUGAUUUCUACAUGAAGGCAACUGCAACUGCAGGCCAGGAGUCAAGCAUAGUAACCGAUUACACACUAAAGAUUUUGGGGUUGGAUAUAUGUGCUGAUACUAUGGUGGGGGAUGAAAUGUUGCGUGGGAUCUCUGGUGGACAAAGGAAGCGUGUUACCACAGGAGAGAUGCUUGUUGGACCAGCAAAUGCUCUAUUCAUGGAUGAAAUCUCAACUGGUUUGGACAGUUCCACUACUUUUCAGAUAGUGAGCUCUCUGAGGCAAUAUGUUCACAUUCUUAAUGGAACUGCACUUAUAUCACUGCUCCAGCCAGCACCUGAGACUUAUGAUCUUUUUGAUGACAUUAUCUUAAUCUCUGAUGGCCAAAUUGUGUACCAAGGACCCCGUGAAUAUGUUCUUGAUUUUUUUGAAUCUAUGGGUUUCAAAUGUCCUGAGAGGAAAGGUGUUGCUGACUUCCUUCAAGAAGUUACUUCGAAAAAGGACCAAGCACAGUAUUGGGCACGCAGAGAUGAACCUUACAGAUUUGUAACCGUAACUCAAUUUGCUGAGGCAUUUCAAUCAUUCCAUAUUGGUAGGAGACUUGGAGAUGAGCUUGCAGUUCCAUUUGAUAAGUCUAAGAACCACCCAGCUGCAUUAACCACUGAAAAGUAUGGUAUUAACAAGAAGGAGCUCUUAAAGGCUAACUUCGCAAGAGAGUAUUUGCUUAUGAAAAGGAAUUCAUUUGUUUACAUCUUCAAGCUAUGCCAGCUUACCGUCAUGGCAUUAAUAGCAUUGACACUGUUUCUACGAACUGAGAUGCAUCGUAAUAAUCAGGAUGAUGCCGGUGUUUAUGCUGGUGCUCUCUUUUUUACAUUAGUAACUGUUAUGUUUAAUGGAAUGGCUGAGAUUUCUAUGACCAUUGCUAAGCUUCCUGUAUUCUACAAGCAACGGGACCUUCUAUUUUAUCCCUCAUGGGCAUAUGCUAUUCCUUCAUGGAUUCUCAAGAUUCCCGUCACAUUAGUGGAAGUUGCUGUUUGGGUAUUUCUAACCUACUAUUGUAUUGGAUUUGAUCCAAAUGUUGGAAGGUUCUUCAAGCAGUACCUUGUGCUAUUAUUUAUCAGUCAGAUGGCUUCUGGAUUAUUCCGAGCCAUUGCAGCACUUGGUAGAAACAUGAUUGUUGCUAACACAUUUGGGUCCUUUGCUGUUCUCACUUUUCUUUCAUUGGGUGGCUUCAUUCUCUCAAGAAAGGAUAUCAAAAGCUGGUGGAUUUGGGGUUACUGGAUUUCACCUUUAAUGUAUGGGCAGCAUGCUUUAAUGGUCAAUGAAUAUCUUGGGAACAAUUGGCACAACUCUACCUACGAUUUAGGAGCUGUAUUUCUGGAUACCCGUGGAUUCUUCACAGAUGCAUAUUGGUAUUGGUUAGGCCUUGGGGCAUCGGUUGGAUUUGUGUUCCUUUUCAACGCUUUGUUUGGUCUGGCUCUUGAGGUCCUCGGCCCAUUUGAAAAGCCACAAGCAAAUAUAACUGAAGAAUCAGAUGACAGAACCGUAGAAGAAGUUGAAUUACCACGCAUACAAAGUUCAGGAAGAGGUGAUUCUGUUGUUGAGUCAAGCAACGGAAAGAAAAAAGGAAUGGUUCUUCCUUUUGAACCACAUUCUAUCACAUUUGACGAUAUCAUAUACUCUGUUGACAUGCCACAGGAAAUGAAAGAACAAGGUGUACAAGAGGACAAAUUAGUGCUUUUGAAGGGUGUCAGUGGUGCAUUCAGGCCAGGUGUUCUCACAGCUUUGAUGGGUGUGAGUGGAGCUGGCAAGACUACUCUGAUGGAUGUUCUGGCUGGUAGGAAAACCGGUGGAUAUAUUGAAGGAACCAUAAAAGUUUCUGGGUACCCUAAGAAGCAAGAAACAUUUGCUCGAAUCUCUGGUUACUGUGAGCAGAAUGAUAUCCACUCACCUCAUGUUACAGUCUACGAGUCCUUGCUCUACUCAGCAUGGCUUCGUUUACCUUCAGGAGUUGAUUCCAGUACCAGAAAGAUGUUCAUUGAGGAAGUGAUGGAACUGGUGGAGCUUACAACAUUGAGGAACUCGUUGGUUGGUUUGCCAGGCGUGAGUGGUCUCUCUACUGAACAGCGCAAGAGGCUCACUAUUGCAGUUGAAUUAGUGGCAAAUCCUUCCAUAAUCUUCAUGGAUGAGCCUACUUCUGGGUUAGAUGCAAGAGCUGCUGCCAUUGUUAUGAGAACUGUUAGGAACACUGUGGACACAGGAAGAACUGUUGUUUGCACCAUCCAUCAGCCUAGCAUUGAUAUAUUUGAAGCUUUUGAUGAGUUAUUCCUGAUGAAGCGCGGAGGACAAGAAAUAUAUGUUGGGCCACUUGGUCGUCAUUCUACCCAUUUGAUCAAGUAUUUCGAGAGCAUUGAGGGUGUGAGUAAAAUCAAAGACGGAUAUAACCCAGCAACAUGGAUGUUGGAAGUUACAUCUACUGCACAAGAACUCAAUUUAGGUGUUGAUUUUACUGACCUAUACAAGAAUUCUGAUCUAUAUAGGAGAAACAAGCAGCUUAUACAAGAACUGGGCCAACCUGCUCCUGGUUCAAAGGAUCUUCAUUUCCCUACUCAAUUCUCACAGUCAUUCUGGGUCCAAUGCCAGGCUUGCUUGUGGAAACAGCGUUAUUCAUACUGGCGCAAUCCACCAUACACUGCUGUGAGAUAUUUCUUCACUACUUUCAUAGCCUUGAUGUUUGGAACAAUGUUCUGGGACCUCGGAGGCAAACACUCAAAUAGACAAGACCUGUUGAAUGCGGUGGGUUCAAUGUCGACCGCUGCUCUCUUCCUUGGGGUACAGAAUUCUUCAUCAGUACAGCCAGUGGUAGCAGUUGAAAGAACUGUGUUUUAUAGAGAAAAAGCUGCUGGAAUGUAUUCUGCCUUACCCUAUGCAUUUUCACAGAUUCUAGUAGAGUUGCCUUAUAUUUUUGCUCAAGCAGUGACAUAUGGACUCAUAGUUUAUGCUAUGAUGGGAUUUGACUGGACUGCAGAGAAAUUCUUUUGGUUUCUAUAUUUCAUGUUCUUCACAUUGUGCUACUUCACGUUCUACGGCAUGAUGUCCGUGGCAGUGACACCAAAUCACCAUGUUGCUUCCAUUGUGGCUGCUGCAUUUUAUGCAAUUUGGAAUCUCUUCUCAGGAUUUAUCGUCGCAAGACCAAGCAUCCCAGUGUGGUGGAGAUGGUACUAUUGGGCAUGUCCGGUGGCAUGGACAAUAUAUGGAUUGAUUGCAUCUCAGUUUGGAGAUAUAACUACAGGAAUGGAAUCUGAAAAUGGAAAGUCUGUGAAAGCUUUCCUUGAAGAAUUU